AUGCUAAACUCAGCAAAGAGUCCCCCACAACUCCCUGAAGCUUGGGAAACCGAACCUCUGGUGAAUCAGCAGGAGGAGGCUGUAGGCGCUCCUAUUAUCCCUAGAGUCGCAUGGCUUGUGGCAGAGAACCAACUCUGCAACGACGCACAAACAUCUCGCAAACUACAUCAGCCAUCAGAUCCAGGCUGCCAGGAUAGGUUCAACAAGUCAUCGGCUUGUCGGGAUCCGACUACGCUUUCUGAACAUGCCAAGAGGCUUGCGCGUGAGAAUCCCGCCCAAUGGAACGAUUACCUGCAUGCGUACCUCCAGAAGAUCACUGACCCUGAGGCAUUCAACCUCAACCGUGUUGAUAAUGAGCAGCAUGCCCGCGAACUGCUUAUUCACGCCGCCAGUUUGACCGCUGCCUUUUGCUGUACGCCGGUUACAUUUGGUCAGAUCAAGAAUCAUACUGGGCUCGGAUACAACUUUAUCGUCCUUGAUGAAGCCGCCAGAAUGCCUGAGUCAUUGUCUCUCAUCCCCAUGGCGAAAUGUCCCGAGGCGUCAUUUCUCAUUAUCGGAGAUAACAAGCAAUUCGGGCCUGUCGUGGCCACAUUAGACCGCAAGGACUGGCAGUCGUUUUUUGGUCCUCAACGUGCAACAAGUUUGUUUGAACGCAUUGAGAAAUCAGGCGCCCUGCUGUUUACGUUGAAGUCCAAUUACUGCCCCCAUGGAAAAGCUGCCGAUUUCAAGAAAAGUUGA